UUCCUGGGUGUGGUCAACAUUCAAGAUCUCUUUGUCAGGAGAUAUUUGUUUCUUACUUGUAAGACUACGAGAGGCCAACAGUCGUUCUUCAAAUGAUUAUCGACGGGCUGUACGACCUGUGGACCUCCUGGGGUCUGUUGGGGGUUUUGGUGGCAACAGGUUGCUGCCUCCUGGCCGUCUGGAUCAUGCGGCGUCCCCCCAACCUACCCCCGGGACCGUGGGGCUGGCCGCUACUUGGUGUGACCUUCAGUGGAAAGGCAGAGCCACUAGUUGUCACCGACUGGAUCCGGAAGUACGGAGACAUCAUGUCCUACUACCGCGGCCCACAUCCGGUGGUCUCCCUGGGUAGUUACGCUCUGAUCCGGGAGGCCUAUGUGAGGAACGCCGAGAACUUCUCCAGCAGACCCAGGCCUCUGAACCCGGUCGUGGCGACUUUCAAGACUAAAGGCGUCGUACAAGAACCGUAUGGCCCAACAUGGAAGGAGCACCGUAAGUUCACCCUGAUGAGCCUGCGAGACUUCGGCGUGGGAAAGAGGAGCUUGGAAGGGAAAAUUCUCGAAGAAGCCCGGGCUCUCGUGGAAGAAAUAUCAAAGAAAGAAACCCAACUUGAAGGAUUCUGCAUCUCAAACAUGAUGCAGGUUACGGUUUCAAACGUGAUCUGCUCGAUCGUUUUUGGCUCGCGCUACGAGUACGACGACCCGAAAUUCAUAGGACUGAUCGAAGCUAUUGACAAAUUUUUCUCGAUUCCCGUAAGUGCUCUACUGCCGGCGUUCAUCCCCAUCCUUCGCUACAUUCCUGUCGUGAAUCGGAGUUUCGUGGAGGGACUGAAGGUCACAUUGCACAUUGGGACGCACAUUCAGGAGCAGAUUCGAGAACACGAGGCGACAUUUGACCCGAACGACAUCCGGGACUUCAUCGACGCCUUUCUGCUGGAGAAGCGAGGGAGACAGGCUGACGAAAAUACGACAUUUACGGAACAACAGAACAUCAUGGUCGUGAUGGAUCUUUUCCUGGCGGGUACGGAGACCACGUCCACCACGCUCCGCUGGGCCCUCCUCUACAUGAUCCUCCACCCGGACGUCCAGGAGACAGUACAGCGGGAGAUAGACAGCGUCAUCGGGCCGGACCGGGACCCCUCCAUGGCGCAUCGCGCUCAGAUGCCGUACACCGAGGCAACGCUGACCGAGGUGAGCCGACUGGCAAGCAUCGCUCCGUUCUCCGUACCGCACACCACAAGCAACGACGUUACAUUCAGGGGCUACAACAUUCCUAAGGGUACCAUCGUACAGGCAAACCUUUGGGCGGUUCACCACGACCCUCGACUGUGGCCGGACCCGCACAAGUUCGACCCCGCCCGUUUCCUGGACGCCGCCGGGAAGUUUGUGAAGAGGGAAGAAGUGAUGCCGUUUUCCAUCGGUCGUCGAGUUUGCCUGGGGGAACAGCUGGCCAGGAUGGAGCUCUUCCUGUUCUUCACCUCUCUGCUGCAGCGCUUCAGCUUCAAGCUGCCAGAGGGCUCAAGUGAACCCUCCGAAGAAGGGGUGUUCGGGGCCACGCACUCCCCCGUGCCCUUCAAACUGGUGGCGACACCGAGAAACUAGAUUGUGUACUACGUUACUAAACCUACCGAUCAAUUAUCCUGUGCAAGUUUUCUUUCACUUCAGGUGUUUCGUCAUUUUUUUCAUCUGUUACUGUUGGAUGUUUGGUCUACAUGUUGCAUCCGACACCAUUUCUGACACAACAUAUGAAAACUAUAGCUGGGGUGUCAUUCUUAUACAUACGCGAAUACGCAUACGACCUUAGACAAGACGUUCUGCUAUGCACAUAACAGGUUUUGCGCUGGCAAAAUACAUUAUGCCGACGAAAAACAGGAAAACACCCUGUAUUGUUUUCACGUUCUUUUACAUUUGCUUUUCAUAGACUUUCAUUGACAUUUCAUGCAAUUUUUCUAGACAAAAUGCAAAUCAAAAGACGUGUUUCAGUCAGAAUAUGAUACUGAAUGAAAGAUAUUUAAUUAUUGAUGUCAGGAUGAUAUCGAUACAAGAAUGUGGUGUAUUCACAGUAUAC